GCCCCCCACCUGCCCUGCCAGUACCUGUCAAACGGGGAAUCUUUCAUAAAGUAAUGAGUGGGGACUUGGCAGUUGGCAGCUAUUUUCUCUCUUCAGGAAUUUCAAACGUAUCAUUGAUUGAUUUGCCGACUGGAGCAUCGGUGAUACAAAUGAAAUCACGGACUUUUUAAUUUGAAAAAAAAAAGCCAAAGGUCAUCGUCCUUCCUUUCUUGUUAACGUCGUCCCUCUCGCUUUCUCUCCUGCUCUCUGCUCAUAAAAGCAUCACUGUGUGCACAUGUUUCAAGUAUGUGAGUUGGUGCGUUGCUUAAUCCGUUAACUACAAUUUCUCCACCUUCUUCUUCUUGUUCCGCAAAUAGAAUGGCGAUCGGUUCGGCGGCAACUGCCAAUCUUAUCUAUUCCAUCUCUUGUGAUCGUCGACACGCUCACGUUCCAUGUGUCUUGUAUAAUUUCAAGAAUUACAAUAGGUUUUUGCUUAGAAAAUGCGACAGGCCCUCUUCGAUUGGUCGAUUUCGAGUUUGUGGCGAAUCUAAGACAGAGGAAAAUAAGGUAAGAAGGUGUUCGCCUUGCUUAGAAAAGACAUUGCUUACAAGCCAAAGCAAUGUUGCCUUGGCCUCUGAUGAGUGGAGGGCAGUUCCUGACAUUUGGAGAACUUCUGCCGAGAAAUAUGGUGAUCGGGUUGCACUGGUGGAUCCUUAUCAUGAUCCGCCUACAAAAAUGACUUACAAAGAGUUGGAGCAAGAAAUUUUACAUUUUUCUGAAGGUUUAAGAGUUAUUGGAGUAAAGCCCAAUGAGAAACUUGCUCUUUUUGCUGAUAAUUCUUGUCGGUGGCUUGUAGCAGAUCAAGGUCUGAUGGCUAUAGGAGCAAUUAAUACAGUAAGGGGAUCAAGAUCUUCAGUAGAAGAGCUAUUACAAAUAUAUAAUCACUCUGAAAGUGUUGCAAUUGUUGUGGACAAUCCUGAAUUGUUCAAUCGGAUUGAAAAAACAUUUUCUUCCCAGGCAGUUAUCAGAUUUAUUAUUCUACUUUGGGGAGACAAAUCAUGCCUAGACCUAGCUAUCAAUGCAGUGGAUGGCACAUCUGUUUUUAAUUACAAAGAAAUUAUAGACUUGGGACGCGAGAGCCGGAGAUCUUUAUUUGACUCUGAUAAUGCUAGCCAACACUAUAUGUAUGAAACAAUCAACUCAGAUGAUAUUGCUACAAUUGUUUAUACUAGUGGAACCACUGGAAAUCCUAAAGGUGUUAUGCUUACGCACAAGAAUUUGUUGCAUCAGAUAAAUAAUCUAUGGGAAAUUGUUCCUGCUCUACCUGGGGAUAGAUUUCUAAGCAUGUUACCUCCUUGGCAUGCAUAUGAGCGCGCUUGUGAGUAUUUUAUAAUGACCUGUGGAGUUGAGCAAGUAUACACAACCGUGAGAAACUUAAGGGAAGAUCUCAAGCAUUAUCAACCGCAUUACAUGAUCUCUGUUCCUUUGGUAUAUGAGACACUGUACAGUGGGGUACACAAGCAGAUAUCUACAAGCUCCACUAUUCGUAAGCUUGUUGCAUUUGCGUUCAUAAAGGUCAGCUUGGCAUACACGAAGUUGAAGAGAAUUUACGAGGGAACUUAUUUGACGAGGAGUCGGAAGGAACCACCAUAUCUCGUUUUGGUGUUGGACUGUCUAUGGGCAAGAAUUGUAGCUGCAAUCUUGCUGCCAAUGCAUAUAUUGGCUGACAAGCUUGUUUACAGCAAAAUUCGCUCUGCUAUUGGAAUGAGCAAGGCUGGCAUAAGUGGAGGUGGUAGUUUACCAUCAUAUGUUGAUGAAUUUUUUGAGGCGAUUGGCGUGAAAGUGCAGAAUGGGUAUGGUAUGACAGAGUCAUCUCCAGUUACUGCUGCUCGACGACCCACCUGUAAUGUUCUUGGUUCAAUUGGACAUCCAAUUCAGUAUACAGAAUUUAAAGUCAUAGAUGCUGAAAGCGGUGAAACUCUUCCAGAUGGAUCAAAAGGGAUUGUGAAAGUUAAGGGGUCACAAGUGAUGCUAGGAUACUACAAGAAUCCAAUGGCCACAAAGCAAGUGUUAGAUGAGGAUGGUUGGCUAAAUACUGGUGAUAUAGGUUGGAUUGCUCCUCAUCAUUCAGUAGGGAGAAGCCGUCAUUGUGGAGGUGUUAUUGUCCUUGAAGGGCGAGCUAAGGAUACCAUAGUUCUUUCAACAGGUGAAAAUGUUGAGCCCUCGGAGCUUGAGGAAGCUGCUUUGAGAAGUGCUCUUAUUCAACAGAUUGUUGUUGUUGGCCAGGAUCAACGUCGUCUUGGAGCUAUAGUUGUUCCAAAUAAAGAAGAGGUUUUACUAGCUGCUAAACAGUUGUCCAUUAUAGAUGCCAAUGCUUCUGACCUGAGUAAGGAAAAGAUGACCAGCCUGGUAGAUGAAGAACUCAGGAAGUGGACAUCAGGCUGUUCAUUUCAAAUUGGACCAAUCCUUCUUGUGGAUGAGCCUUUUACAAUUGAAGAUGGCUUGAUGACCCCAACCAUGAAAAUCCGACGGGACCGAGUCUUGGAACGCUACAGGGAGCAGAUAGCCAAUCUCUACAAAUAGUUCAUGAAAGCAAAUAUAUACAGGAAACUUUAAGAAGAAAUAAAUCAAGGGCCCUGAAAUAUUGCCAGAAGAAAAUGGUCUCAACCCAAUUAAGUUCCCGUAUUAGUCUUGCAUUUUGAUGUAUUAUCCCUGCGCGUCAAUUGCUGCGGUUUGUCUGCUAAAGUAGCAUUUUGUUUUUAAUGUCAAGAGUUCCAAGUAUACUCUUCUAUGCUCGUGGUGUCAUUAUAUGCAAGUGAAUAAUUUUGGCCUGCUAGGUGGCUCGGUUUUGGCCCUAAUAAGAGGUGACUUUUUGAC